AUGGGGGGAGGCCGCUACUGCAGGCUACGCUCUGCCACACCGGAGUACGACUUGGAAGGUUUCGAGUUCUUCACGAUCAUACUUGAGAAUUCCUCCAAGAGGCAGAGGUUGCAUGACACUUUUAUGAAGAUGCUGGACGGCCAUCGGCCAAAGAAUGUUAAGCUGCGACAGGCCGACAGUGGGCUUCGCAGGCUUUGGGACGUGGAGGUGGUGAUCAGGAACGACCACAUGUACAUGUGUCGUGGCUGUGAGCAGUUCGUCCGUGCCUACGACCGGAGGCACGGGUACUUCCUUGUCUUCAGGUACGACGGCGACGCCAUGCUCACCGUGAAGGUGUUCAACACGACUAUGUGCCGCAUGCGCUACCAGGACGACGACGAUGCUAAUACGAUUUGCCUCUUCUUCCUCUCCAUUUGGCUUUGCAAUCGGAGCAGUGGCAGUGACUCUGGCUACAGCAAAAGCAGCAGCGAGUCUGGCUACAGCGAAAGCAGCAGCGAGGAUGAUCCGGAAUGGAGUGGGGAAUAA